GGUGUCUGUCAAAAGUCCAUUUGGCAAGAAGGAAGAAAUGACCUCGGACUCAGGAGCUGUGGCUGGACAGCAGUGUGGUCACUCAGACUUGAAUUGGGAAGUGAUUGGAUGAAACCGGAGCCAGUCAGUGUACGGGGUUUGUGAUUGGAGGCGUAGCGUUUCUGGGGCGGGGCGGGCUGAGUCUGCGGGCCUGCAGUAUGUGUGCGCUCUCCGGGGUGGGCGGAUCGUUAGCUGUGACAGCGACGCUUGGAGACUUCCUAACAAAGCUGUCAGAAAACAGACAACUAACGCUAUGGCAGAGUUAGACCUGAGUCUGAGCGACGCGCUGACCGACAGCCCCCCGCAGCCUGGCUUGGAGAGCAAGGUGGAGAGGGACUUCGUGGCCCAGCUGGAGGCCGAGGCGUUCGACGACCAGGUGAAGGAGACGGUGGGGAAGACAGACUACAUCCCCCUGCUGGACAACGACGACACCCGGGCAGACGCUGGGGCUGCUUUGGAGAAUGGAGAGCAGGAGGCUCAUGGGGUGCAAAAGCCUGCCUCCAUGGCAGCUCAUUCUGAUUCCCUGGCCUCUCACUCCAGCUCUGUCCAAAUGAUGGAUUCUGGCAUGCUGGGUCCUUUCCCAGGCUUCUCUCAGCCAGGAGGGAUUGGAAUGAAUGUGGAGGUGGGAGCCGCACCUCUGCAACCACAGAAGCCCCCGAGUAUAUCAGAGUCACAGUAUCCUACUCCCCAAGCUGGGUCAGAAGUCCCAAAAGAUCACAGCGCCAUGCUGCCAGAACCCCAGGCCCCUGGGAGCCCCCUGGAUGUUUCAGCAGGUUCGUUAGACGACUCUUGGCAAGACCAGAUUGGCUCCCCAUCAACAGAUGCACCUCUUGCUCCAAGCGUUUCUGUGAAGUUUUCCGAUCAAGCUGAACAGCUUGCAGCCAGCCCAGAAGAUACGCCCGAAAGCUGGCCUGGCCGUGAGAGCACCGCCUACGCUGGGGGCGAUGAAAGGGACACGGAUGGAUCUGACAGAAAACAGAAGAAGAAGAAGAAAAGGCGACAGAAAGACGAGGGAUCCUACGAACACGUUGAGAGCAGGGGUCAGGCGGAGACACAGGAAACGGGAGAAAACACCCCUCCGACUGAGGAGUUUUAUCACAGGAUUGGCCCAAGAAGGGACAGAGGAGAAUGUGGCUGGGAAGAACAACUUGGGAAGAGCGGAGGCCGUGGCAAGAAGAGUAAAAACAGGAAGAAGCUUCCAGAGGAAUGGGCACUGACAGCAGAGCCAUUUGUUCCCUCUUCAGUGACUCCCUCAGAAGUGAAAGUGGAAGCAUUGGUGGAUCUUGGGAGUUCAAUGAAUGAAACAAUGGAGAGCUCUUUUGCAGACAUGGACACUAGCCAACACACCUGGAAGAAAGAGUUUUACCCAGAGGAAGACCCUUCUCCUUUGCCUCAGGAUUUGUUCUCUAAAACGGCUGCAGCCAUCAGUCCUCUAGCCCUCAACAGUGGGCUGAAUGCUACAGCAACUCCAUUCACCAUGCCGUCUUCCACCAACAAAACAAUCCCCGGCUCCUUCCCUGAGGCGGUGGAUGUCCUGAUGGACACCGAAAAUACCGGUUUGGGUCAAAGCAAUCAAACCAUUUAUCCUCCUUUCUCUUCAGAGAACACAGCAGCUGUAGCUGACUUGGUAGACAGCGGGAUGUUUGAUAUCUCAAGUUCCUUUCAAGAGUCUUCCAUGCAAGCUGUUUCAGAUGGAGACACCUCAGCCUUCAGCUCUGCUUCACAGACAAGCCAGGCCGUUUCACCUAAAGGUGACGUGUUGGCUUCAGCCCCUCCCCUAUCACCCUCUGAUGCUUCAUGGAUGCUAAACAACUCCCAACUGAGCAGCAACAGCGAUUUAUUUGUCUUCAGUGACACGAGCACCGCAGGCCAUCCUUUACCCCUGGGCCUGUCCUUCAACACACCAAGUCCAGCACCUCUCCGCUCACCCAAAACCACUGCACAAGAAUUCCAGUCCAAGCACAAAGAUGGGAAUUCUGCCCAGAAGCAAUCCAGAGAGUCACCUCCUUCCUCUUCGACCUCAUCUGUCAGGAGUCCCACCUCCCCAGAGGCAAAGCUCUCCCCACAGGCAUCCCCUGUCGCUUCACCCUCAUCUCCUCCUUCAGUGGGUCCCGCUGGAGUACCAGGAUCUGGCCUCAAUCCUGCUGCAAAGCCUUUCUUUCCCAGCUUUGCUGAUCCAGUGGAAGACACAGCUGUGGUUCCUCCAGUUGUCCCCAUCGUGGAAGUUAAAUCUGACAAGACAGAGAAGAAGGACAAACAGGAGGAUGGAGUGCAGAAGGUGGAGGCUUUUGAUGUGUUGAACAAAGCUGAGCACGGGAGCGUGAAGGUUGAAUUCACCACUAAUGAAAGUUUGGUCAAAGUGGCGAAUGAGGUAGAAAGGGGCAAGGAGAAAGCAAACACACAGGAGGCAGAAAAGGUCAAAGAGGAAAAACAAGCAGACAAAACAAAGGAGAUGGAGAAGCAGGCAGAAAGAGUGGAUGAUCAAAAGGAAACCGAGAAGCUAAAAGACAAGGAGAUGGAGAAAGUGGAAUCCGUCCAACUGAAGGAAGAGGAGGAGAAAAAGCCCAAGGUGGAAGAAUCACCUGUCAAAGUGGAAAAGAAAGAAAAGGUGGAGAUAAUCGACAAGAUGGAGAACAAGGACGAUAAUGUAGAGAAGAUCACCAACAACGAAAAACUGAAAAAGGAAGAGAAAGUGGAGAACAAACACAGUGAGAAAGCUGAAAAGGUGGACGAAAACGAGAAGUCCAAAGAGGAGGAGGAGAAAGUGCAAGAUGCAGAAAAGCUGGAUAAGAACCAGGAUACCAAGGUGGAAGAAAAAGCAGAAAACAAAACAAGUGAGAUGGCAGAAAAAUCAGACAAAGGCCAGCACAAAGUGGAAAUCACGUCAGAGCAGCAGCUUCACCCCACUGACGAUAAGACAGAGACGAAGGCUGACGUGGAGCUGAAAACCGAGGCAGCAGCAGAGAAAGAAAAGGCCGACGCCGGGGAAGCCAAGACAGUGGAGAAAAGGGACAAUGCAGCCACUCCUCUGGAGAAGCCUGCUGAAAAAGAAGCACAGAAGACAGAAAAGGAGGAGAAGGUGGAUAAAAAGACAAUAGAGAAGAAAGACAGUAAGAAGGAAAAGGCUGUCAAAGCAGAUGGAGACAAGGCAAAGAAACCUGUGAAGACUGCGACCAACGGAAGCAGCACAACAGCAAGCAAGGACCUGUCUGCUGGAGACAGGAAGACCAAGCCUGCCACAGGGGUGACCAAACCGGUCGGUGCUGCCAAAACGCGCCCAGCCACCGCUCCUGCCGGUGGCUCAGCCGCAGCCACCGGCAAACGCCCCACACCCACCUCCACUACCACAGACAGAAAAACAACCAUACCCAAGACAGCUUCCACAGGCGCUGCUGGGCCUAAACGACCCCCUGCCAGUUCCACUAGUCGCCCAUCAUCCCAACCCUCCACAGGCACACGAGAUGUUAAACUGAAGUCCACCACAGAGAAGCGCCCCCUGGUGCCGAAGGCUGGCAGUGGCACCAUGAGUCACCCUGCCUCCGGCCCCGCUACCAAAAACGGAACGGUGAGCACUGCAGCCAGCAAAACCACUUCAUCGGUGCGCACAGCCACGUCCACUCGCACAACUACUACUACUACUGCAGCCAAAAAGCCUCUGGCCUCUAAAACUGAAAGCAUCAAACCAGGAGAAGAGAAGAAGUCCACCACUGUUAGGACUUCAACAGCCGACUCUACCAAGCCCAAGACCACUUCCACCACCUCAAGGAGCACGACUUCCACCACCGCUGCAUCUCGCACUCGAACAACAGCGACCAAAUCGGCUACGCUGUCCUCCGCCACGGCCACAGCAGCAGAGAAGAAGCCCCUGGGACCCAUGGGGCCCCGCACCCCACGACCCACUGCAUCCACGACGGCGAGCGCCACCACGAGGCCCACGGCUCGGCCCGGCACAGCGCCAGACCCUGACAUCCGUAACGUCCGCUCAAAGAUCGGCUCCACUGAUAACAUAAAGCACCAGCCUGGCGGCGGGAAGGUGGCCUCUGCUUCUCAGAAAAGGGGCAUCACCACCAAAGAAAGCAGCCAGGGCAAAGUUCAAAUAGUCUCCAAAAAGCUGGACUUCAGCCACGUCACCUCACGCUUGGGCUCCAAGGACAAUAUGAAGCAUGUUCCUGGUGGAGGGAAUGUGCAGAUACUCAACAAGAAGGUGGACGUAAGUAAGGUGACUUCAAAAUGUGGAUCCAAGGACAACAUCAAGCAUAAGCCUGGCGGAGGCGUCAUGAAGAUCGAGUCCCACAAAGUGAGCAUUAGGGAAAAGGCUCAGCACAAAGUGGGGUCAGUGGACAACGAGAGCCAUUCUCCUGGAGGAGGGAACGUCCAGGCUGAGGGACCGCAGGAGACAGAGGGAAAUGCAACUCCCAUGACUAGCAGCCUGGCUCCGGCCCCAGACCCCAAGAUGGGACCUGCAGGGACCCCUAAUGCCCAGGAGAACGGGCUGAAGGACGGGGCUCCCAGUGAUGGUGAGGGUGUCCGAGAGCCCCAGGCUCUGGACUCUCUAAUGCCAGAGACAAGCAUCUAAUUCUGCUAUCCCUCUGCCCUCCUCAUUUCAACUGCCCCCUAUAAUGUCACCGCCUCUCCCUCCCCACUUUUCCUCACUGUAAAUAUGUUUUUUUUUUUUCCUUCUCCUUGCCUCACUUUUACUCCCCCUCCAACCCCACCCAACCCC